CAGGCCUUUGUCUCCCUCUCUCUGCUGUACUGGGCUCUGCAGAGUUUCUCCCAGAUGUUCAGCAUCAGGAAGAAGACCGACUGAGUCAACAUAAGAAGACUCAGACCACAUUUUACCUUUUUAAGUCAAAAUUGACAUUGACAUAAAUCCAUAUUUAUACAUGUUUUAAUCACCUUAAAUAUUUGUUUAAUAACAUAUCUGCAUGUAGAGUACGAGACGCAGUUAUCUCAGCUUUUGCUUGAUUCACUUUAAACGUUUUAUGUAUAACUGUUUAAGGUCUGUUUAAGCUUUACCAUGUAAAGCAGCCAUAAAACAAGACUCUCACAUGACACAUUUCUCUCUCCUUAUAAAUGUCUUCUGUGAUUUUGUCUCUACACUGUAAUAACAGAGGUGCUGCGGUGCUAAUUAAAGUACUAAUAAAUUAACAUUUUAUAUAUUACCUUUAUGCAACAUAUAUCUCCUAUAUAAGAAAAUGUUUCUUAUACUUUUGCCUUUUAAUUUUGAUUUGCACAACACUGUACGAUACAUUGUCUUUCAAUUUCUUAUUGCAAUAAAAGAUUUGUAAUCUCCA